AUGAACGAGACGUACGGGUCGAAUGGGAGUACCGGUCAGAGUGAUCCGAUGGAUGUGCCCCGAGAAAUGAGAGAAGACUUCCCGGUGGCCAGGAGUGUGGAUCACUUAUUGGUGCACAAUGUGAGACAUGAUGGGAUGUCCAGAGUCCAAUCUGGUAUGUAUUUUUUAUUUACUCUGUUCCUCUCAUUAGGUACAUGCAAGCUAUUUAUAGCCAGUGCAAUUCGUCGUCCAUUUGUUUACUCUAACAGAUCCCGAGCUUCGUCCGUCAAUUCUGAAGCCACCUCUCAGAAUGCCGAGUCACAUCAUCAUCGGCACCAUAACAUGGCCAUCAGAUAUAGAUUAUUCAACCGGCUUGACCCCGGAGGGCAGACUUUAAGGAUGCCUGAUCACGUUUACUUCCCCAGCGAAUGGUUUUCCAUCUUGCCUUUCGACGAUUUCAAAGAUAAUGAAGGAAAACAAAGUAGUUUAGUGACAAUGUAAGCAACAAAAUUGGAAAAUUGCUAGCUUUGACCAUUGUCAAUAUUCUUGUAUUUUUGUAUGCAAACGUGCUUUAGAUUCUCGAUAUGGAACACUAUGAUGGGGACCAGUUUAUUGGCCAUGCCAUGGGCAUUGGCGCAGGCAGGAUUAGGUCUUGGGGUCACAUUAAUGGCUUUGAUGGCAUUUUUAUCGUUAUACACUGCUUAUCGUGUAGUCGAAAGUCCAAGAGGAUUGAGUAAGUAUCUUUUUAUUUUAUGAUUAUUUUUCCGAGUUUAGAGUAAUAUUAAUCUUGUUGCAGCUCUUGAUGUUGAAUGUAGUGCCGCCGAAUUCUCGGAUGUUUGUCGAUAUUACUGGGGGAAGAAGGGAGAAUAUACAGCUGUCUUUUUCUCCAUUAUCGUCCUCUUCGGCGGUGUGAUUGUAUACUUUGUUUUGAUGUCCAACUUCCUUUAUUUUACGGGGAACAUUGUAUACGAAUCAUUGCAACCAAACAGCACUGUGCUCCCUGUCUUGGCUAAUAAAACAUUCACUUGUGAUAGUCAGUUUUUUAUUCUUAUUUUCUCUUAUUUAUAAUUCAAGUUUAUUGGCUUUAUUUUUAGUCUAUUACGACGAGAAAUGUUUGCCUCCAAAGGACAUGUUUGAUUAUGAAGAAGAUAACGGCGGCUCCAGCUGGUGGUCAUUCAGUAAAUUGUGGUCAUUACAAGGAACUGUACCGAUAUAUCUUGGAAUUCUGACCUUCCCAUUGCUUAAUUUCCAAUCUCCCACUAUUUUCACCAAGUUCAAUGUUUUGGGUAACCUGAAUAUGAUUUUUCCAACAUAUUUAUUUUAGGUACUAUCUCUGUAUUCUAUCUUAUAUCGUUCACGAUGUCCAAGGCCUAUGAAUGCGGAAUGAACGUUAAUUUUGUGGACCCAACAUCGAUUCAUUAUGUGGAGUGUAAGUUAUCUUUAUUUGGGUUGAGGUUUUUGUUUUUAGUGUGGAAUUCGAAGUUCACUGCAUUAACGGGAACGCUGGCUUUAUCCUACUUCAUCCACAACGCUGUCCUCACCAUACUGAGGAAUCAGAAGAACCCAGAAAAUAAUGCGAGAGAUUUGUCUAUUGGAUAUAUUCUGGCUAUGAUGUGCUACAUCUUGAUUGGAUGCUUGUUCUACUUGGCUUUCCCAGGAAGAAGAGAAUGCAUUUCGGAUGUAAGUGAUUGUUUGUAAAUUAGGUUUAUAUGUAUAUGUUACUUGGUUGUGUUAUGACUAUGUAAUUUCAGAAUUUUUUAAACAACUUUGGAUCCGGUGAUGUCCUCAGUGCCACGGCCAGGAUGUUCCUAUUAUUCCAGAUGAUCACUGUCUUACCGCUAUUGAUGUAUUUGGUGCGGGUUCAGUUCAGCUACGUCUUUACGGGUACUGUUUACCCAGGGUAAGAAAUUGUGCCAAUAUGCUUGUUCGUAGCCGUCAAUUUAAAAAUUUGCGAUUAAUUUACACAUUUUAGACUUCCAUAUGUAUGCCUGAUCAAUGUAUUGGUGAUCUUAGUCGCAAUUUUCUUUUGCAUCGCCUAUCCACAUGUUGGUGGUAUCUUACGGUAUGUCAUGGUGGAUGUAUGAUAGCUUGUUCAAAUGACUUGUUUUAACGUUUUUCUGUUUUUAGUUAUGUUGGAUCCCUCUCCGGCCUCGUCUACAUCUUUGCCCUCCCAUCUCUGGUCCAUUUGAAACGUCUCCAAACUGCUGGUCGAUUAACCAAAACUCAAAUUGUUUUACACGGGAUUAUCAUUAUUCUGGGCGUCGCCAAUUUGAUCUCUCAAUUUUUAGUCUGA